UUCUUAUAUUAUUGUUGAAUAUUAAUCAUUAAAUCAAUUGUAUUUAAAAAUGACAGAAAUAGGGACACAAAUAGAUAGCGACAGAAGAUUAUUGGCAUUCAAAGAUUAUGAAAAUUAUUUAGAUUCUCUUAUAACAUUUGUUGACCUUGGUUAUUUAGGAAAUCUUAAUGUUGCACGUGAAAUAGCCGAGCUUGGCUAUCGUUGUACAGGUGAAACAUUGAGUAGAGAAGCAUUUUAUAAACGUGUAAAGGCUGUAAAGGAUCUAUUUUUCCCACUCUACAGACCAUACGAAUUAACAUCAGAGUUAAUAACACCUCGCGACAUGAGAAACUUAUGGAAUGGAGAAGUAACUUGUAAAGGGCAUUUACCUCCGGAGCAAGAAAAUUAUGUUACAAAUGAUGAUUUCAUCAAAAUAGUGGAUACAAAUAACAACGACGAGGUGCAUGUUCAAUAGUAUUUAGAAUCGCAACCUCUCACGCGUAUAUCUAUUAAUACAAUUUAAAAAAAGACUUUGUUACAGUCUUUGGAACAACAUCCCGGUCAGAAACCCGACACAAGGUCCGUAGAACAUUACCGAUCGGAACGAAAAAUGGCAUCGAUCGUUGGUACUUAUCAACACGAACGCAAUGAAAAUCUCGACGAAUAUUUUAAAGCUGUGGGUGUACCAUACAUUCCGCGGAAAAUGAUGAUCAUGUCCAGUCCGCGACUGGAAAUAUCAAAUGACGGUGACAAAUGGACCAUUCGUACCAUUUCCAUGAUACGCACAGUAGAAAUAACAUUUACUCUCGGCGAAGAGUAUGAGGAACACAUGCCUAAUGGAGUUACACUGAAAAAUGUGACUGCAAUGGAAGGAGAUAGUCUAGUGACAACUUCAGUCGGGCCAGAUAACAAUAAACUGGUGCGGAAGUACGAAGUUACAGAGGACGGUGUGGUUUUGACAAUGACCCACGAAAAGAGUGGCCAAGUGGCAAAACGUUAUUUUAAGCGGCUUUCGUAAACCUCGAUUAUAUUUUGGGGAGAAAAUAUUUUUGUAUUUUAUUCGUCAUACAUUAGCUUUCUACAUGUAACCUGUUAACUUUUUUUGUAUAUUUAUAUUUACAUUGUAAUAAUAAUUCUUCUAUGAUAUCUUUUGAAAGUAGGGUUUUUAAUAACGGAAAAGAACCGAAAGAAUCGUGUAGGAACGAAAGCCGCGUGAAAAUGCCUCCACUUGCCGGAGGGAAAAAAGUCGGAUCGAUCGUAAAUGUUCCCACUGUUAUUUAAAGUAUAAAGCCCCGCCUACUUUUAUUAUCCGUCACGUGUUGCAUAGUAUACAAACAAUGUUGUACUGUCAGUUGUGUUAAAUAAAAAUAAAUUCUCGCUUGAGCACACA